AUGAAAAUAGAUGACGAAUUUAUCUCUGACGCUUAUAAGAUAAAGGACGUCGAUGAUUUCUUUUUUGAAAUUGACUGUCAGAUGAUAACUGUUAAAGAUGGGGUAGAUGUUGACAUUGGUGCUAACCCUUCUGCUGAAGAACAAGAAGAAUCGCUUGAAGAAGGCACAAGACAAGUUAACAACGUUAUUAAUGCAUUCGGUUUACAAUCGACGAGCUUUGAUAAGAAAUCAUACACGACCUAUAUCAAAGGCUAUUUAAAGAAAAUCAAGGCUUAUCUUGAACAAAAUAAUCCUGAGCGCGCGCCUGUGUUUGAAGAAUUGGCAAAAGUCCAUGUUAAGAAAAUUCUUACGAAUUUUAAAGAUUGGGAAUUCUAUAUCGGUGAAAGCAUAGAAUUAGAUGGCAUGGUUGCUUUGUUAAACUAUCGUGAAGAUGGUAUUACACCUUAUCUCGUAUUGAUAAAGGAUGGCUUGAAAGAAUAUAAAGUGGUAAUGUAUCGGUGUAUGUGGUUGUUUGCGAAAUCAUAUUUUCAGAUUGACGAUUACCAUUAA